GGGAAGGACAAAUCCUCACCCACAACUUCAUGAAUAAAUAUGCUUUGGGGUCUUAAAAAUCAAUUUCAAUUCAUUUUAAUCGAAAUGCACUGUUAAUUUGAUCACAAUUCUACGAUUUGUUUGGCUUGAAUUUGGUUUAAUUCGUCGUCUGCUAAAAACUUGACAUCAGCGCCACCACACGUACGUGACGUCACGGCAUGUAUACAAUUUACGAUCAGCUGUUCAGAUCCACGCAAAAUGAUGGCUUCGAGUGAUGAUUCUUCAAGUCUGUCCGAUAUAAGCGAUAAUUUCAACGAUAGCGAUGAGAGUAGGGACUCCGAAUCUAUUGAUCUUGACGAGGAAGAGUUCGAAGAACAGAUUGGUGCCGGUGGGGCGGUGAAAGGAUACCAAUUCGAGCCGCACGGCGAUGAAGAUGGCAGUUCUGAAUUUUCUUCAAAUUCGUCUUCAGAAUCCGCGGAGGAAGACGCAAAUAUGGCCAAGUGGAGGGAACGAAUGACCACAACGAAAUGGUGCGAAUGUGACAAGAAAUGUGUUAACUCACUGAUACCAGAGGAGAAUGCCUGCUGCCGGGAGAAGGCCCCAAUUGAUGGAGUACUCGAGGAGUACAACUGUGACUUCAAGCCAGAGAUCGCAUGCAUAACGGACCAUCCUGCUUUCCACAGCAAUUGCCUCGAUGUCUGGUCCCUGCAGCUUGCAUACAGGCUCUUUCAUAAGAAGGAAGUGCCAGGAGCAAUAAACUUGAAAUACAGAUAUGUUGCAUAUCGGCAACUAAUCCGAUGGUGUUGGAGAUAUCUUGGAGAAGGGAAUCGUGUGCCAUUACCAGCCUGUGCUGUUCAUUUAAUCCGUAAGACUUUUCCUCCAGAAGGCGAAAUUGUGGGCUUUAAGUAUCCACCACUCAAGAACAAAGGCACUAAGAGAAAAAGGCGGAAUAAUAGUCAGUGA